CAGAGUCUAACUCACCUUAACUCCAUUGCCAUUUCUCUUGAUACCUCCCAACAUCACCUUGACUCUUAAAGUCUGAGAAAUGGCAACCGUCACAACACAAGCUUCAGCAGCCAUUUUCCGGCCAUGUGCCUCAAAAACCAGGUUCCUCAGUGGAUCAUCUGGUAAAUUAAACAGAGAGGUCUCUCUUAGACCCUCGACUUCUUCAUCUUACAACUCAUUCAAGGUUGAAGCUAAGAAAGGUCAAUGGCUUCCAGGCUUAGCCUCUCCUACUUAUCUUGAUGGCAGUCUGCCAGGAGACAAUGGUUUUGAUCCAUUGGGACUUGCUGAGGACCCAGAGAACCUGAAAUGGUUCGUCCAGGCUGAGCUGGUGAACGGUCGUUGGGCUAUGUUGGGUGUAGCUGGCAUGCUGCUGCCUGAGGUUUUCACUAGCAUCGGAAUCCUUAACGUACCCAAAUGGUAUGAUGCUGGAAAACAAGAAUACUUUGCAUCUUCAUCGACCCUAUUUGUGAUCGAGUUCAUCUUGUUCCACUACGUCGAGAUCAGAAGGUGGCAAGACAUCAAGAACCCAGGAAGUGUCAACCAAGACCCUAUCUUCAAGAACUACAGCUUGCCUCCUAAUGAAGUUGGAUACCCUGGUGGUAUUUUCAACCCACUCAACUUUGCACCAACUGCAGAGGCCAAGGAGAAGGAACUUGCUAAUGGGAGAUUGGCAAUGUUGGCAUUUUUGGGAUUCGUAGUGCAGCACAAUGUGACUGGAAAGGGACCUUUUGACAACCUUCUGCAGCACCUCUCUGACCCAUGGCACAACACCAUUGUCCAAACAUUCAGCAACUAGAAAACCUCAUGGAAACUGGAUUGAAUAUAUUGUGGUACCUUGUAACCAUGUUAUGGUUUUUGAUAAAGAAUAGAGCUUUGUGGUAAACAAGGAACCUUUAAUGUACAGCGUUUCUUAUCCGUGUUAUUCCCACUAGAUCAUCAAAAGAAUGUGAUUUGCACUCUUGUUGGCAUGUAAAAUGAAAGAACAGCCUCCUUUAGCUAGUUCUAGAUGCUCAUUGAGAUUUGGAUCUGGUAAAGGGAAAAAACGUUCUUUUAGUA